UUAAAGUCCAAAUCAAGGCCAACACUUAAACGAGAAAAUAAAUAAAGGGGUAAAUUUAUUUUUCCAUUUCUCAUUCACUAAUUUUAUCAACAAUUAACUGUUAAUCACUUUCUAUCACUUGCCAUUUAACUGUUUCGCCAUUCUCUAUGUGUUUUUAACUGUUCAAAUUUCUGUUCUGUUCCUGAGUCUUGUAACAAUUAAAUCUGAUUUAGUUUCAAUGUUUUACUUUAACGAUGACCCUUCAAGUUAUCCCAAAAGUGUUCUCGUUAUUUUCACCUUGAUUGUCGUUUAUUUAGCUCGAUAUUUAAUCAAUUGGUUCAUUAAGAUUCGUUCAUUACCCCCUGGACCUUGGGGGUUACCUGUGCUUGGAUAUUUACCGUUUAUCCGUAAUCAUAUUUACCUGGAAUUUGAUUUUUUGGCUAAACAAUAUGGACCAGUUUUCUGUCUUAAAUUGGGCAUUCAUCAUGUGAUCGUGAUUAGUGAUUGGGAUCAUAUGAAAGAAGCUUUUUCCAAUGAAGAUUUACUCGCUCGCCCUCAUGAGACCUUUUUCCCUGGGAUAAUGAAUGAACGAUCUUUGAUUGAGAUGUCCGGUGAUUCUUGGCGAGAUCAUAGACAAACGGCAAUGUCUAUUCUGAGAAAUGUUGGUCUUGGAAAAAGUUCCAUGGAGGAAAAGAUCAGCGAUGAGAUCGAUCAAUUUCUAACCACUUUGGACUCAGAUUCGGUUGAUUUUGAGGCGAAAAUCUUGCCAAGUGUCUCCAAUAAUAUUUCAAUCUUACUUUUUGGACAUAAAUUUGAUUAUAAAGAUCCCGUUAAACUACAAUUAGACCGUGAUUUUAAUGAUGUCGUCAAGCAUUUCCAGUUUGCUGGAGUUACAGCUUUUCUUCCUUGGUUAUCAAAUGUCCUAAUUGCUUUUGGCAAGUUUAAUGCCGAUGUUGUCGCAAAAGCGAUUCGCUCUUCUCACAAUUAUUUCCAAACUGAGAUUGAUAAACAUGAGCAAAAGUUUGACGAAAAUGAAGUUAUCGACUAUUUAGAUGGAUAUUUAUUGGAACGAAAGAAUCGUCACAGAAAAGGACAAAAUGCCGACGAUGUAUUUAGCAUUCAAGUGCUCCUGAGAAAUACAGCUGAUUUUUUCGGCGCUGGAUCAGAGACUGUGAUUAGUACUCUCACAUGGGCGAUGGUCUAUCUGGUUAAAUAUCCAGAGCUUCAGGAUAAAAUUCGUGAAGAAAUUAUGAAUAACAUUGGUUCUGAAAGGAAGCCAAUGUUUACCGAUCGAAAUCAAAUGCCGUUCACAAUGGCCUUUCUAAAUGAAACUCAUCGACAUGCAUCUGUAUUACCUGUCAAUCUCUUACGGAGAGCAGCAAAAGACACGAAAAUCGGACAGUUCAACAUUCCCAAAGAUUGUAUCGUAAUAUUCAAUUUCUGGUCAGUUCAUUACGAUCCUAAACUUUGGGACAAUCCCGAGGAGUUUAAUCCAGAUCGUUUCCUCACAAAAUCAAACGGAGAAUCCAAAGUGACCACACCAAAGUAUCUCGUUCCCUUCAGCGGCGGUAAAAGAGCCUGUCCAGGUGAAGGAUUAGCACAAGUCGAACUCUUUUUGUACCUGACAAACAUUUUACAAAAAUUCCAAAUAUCCACCGAAUCAGGAACCAAAGUGUCACUAGAUUCCCACUAUGGAAUCGCAAGGAGACCUAAGACAAUGCCGAAGCUAAUCUUCACUCGGAUCUAAUUCCCACAGUCCAAGGAAUUAAAUCUAAACCAGUUAUGGUUUAUCACCAUUGUCGAUCCAAUGUUGAUAUCAAUCAACUGAAUUAAGGAAAAGGACCAUUACUCCCACAGAGAAGAUGAAAAAAAUAUAUAAUGAUGAUUAACUUUAAUGCAAUUAAGAACUAAUUCUCAGGCCACUUUCAUUUCCAUCGGCAUAAAUGUCAAAUCAACUUCUCUUGAAAUUUAAUUUUCUCAUUAUUUUCUCUUUAAUAGUUGAACAAUUUUCUUUCCCAUCAAAUCAUUAUAACCAUCAGACUCUCUCAACUAAUUAACUUUAAUGAUGCUAAAAAUUUGCAAAGAUGAUUAUCAUCCUGUAGGUGUUACAAUUUACUCACCAAGUGAAUUAGAUUCAAACCAAUUUAACCAAAGUUUCAUUCCGAAUCCAAUUCAGAAUCUAAGAUUAACAACAACCUCCAAAGAGGAUGAGAUUACAUCCUCAUCCAUUCAGAUUAAUUGAUACUCUCUCUCUCUCUCAUAAUCCUGGUUCGUCGCUUAAUUGUAUAUUCAUUUAUUAAUUUGGUUCCAAGCUAAUAAUCAUCAUCUCAUGGAUAAAUUUAGAUUACGCCCAAUCCAAGACAAUUAAUCGUACGGUUCAAAUGUACACAAAGAGACCUGAAGAGGAAAAAGUUUACAAUUAUAAUUGUUUCCAUUUCCAUGGACAUUAAAUUGUUGUAUCUUCUUAGAUGGAUAAACAAUUUAAUACCAAUGUUGUUGUUGUUGUUGAUUAACACACAAAGAGAAAUAUAUAUUUCUUAAAUUACU